AUGAUGACUACUGUGAUGACGACGACUGCGCUGCGCCGUGAAGUGUGCGCCCUGUUUUCCCUCGCGCUGUUGUGUUGCUGCGCUUCCAUUUUCGUGACGGCUGCGACUGCGACGGGGGCUGCUGUACAAUCAACUGAUUUGUAUUCCGGAGCGUCUGCAGUGAACGUUUCGGUGGAGAUCUCGUGUGCGGACAGUGAGAAUAAGUUGCAAUGGCGCUUCCCUGGCCAGACAAAUUGGACUAGGUGUGUAAGCUCACUGGGUGCUUAUGACUACACUGUUGUCGCGAGCAGUGGUGGUUAUGAGGACACUGCUGUCGUAAGCAGUGGUGGUUAUGACACUGUUGUUCAGGAGAUCACUGAAUACAGUGUGGGUACACCAUCUGAUAUUAUUGAAGUUGUUCUUUUGGAUUCUGCAAGUGGGGCUUCUAGUCGUGAUGAGGAGUCACUUUGCCUCUCGGCCGACCGGAUGUACUUGACUAAAAAAUGUAAUGCAUCCUGCAAGUCCGCCGGAGAGGGUAAAACCGCGUUUACAAUGGAAUUUCAAACGACUAACGAAAGUGGGGUGUACAAGAAGUCGCUGAAAAAUAAAACAGAAAAUAAUGCUCCUGCGGGAAGCACCUCGGGCAUCUGUCCGUUAAAUACUUCUGUUGAAAAGGCACCUGAGAGCGUCAACAGUGGAACUCCAGAGGCCGCUGCAGCGGCGUCGGCAGCACAAGUGCCAGCAGUGGGGGCGCCCGCAGCGGGGCAGGAUGCAGGCAGUUCGAGUUCAGCUGCGAGUGGGGCCUCAUCAUCGGCACAGACUAUUGAGCAGGGGAUAUCCUCAGCGGGCCCACAACCCGGCAACACUUCGCAGCCGCCAACAGGCGAAGGGGUUGGCAGAACGGAUGCAUCCGGAACGACGCAAACACCCUCAGCCACGGCCGGUGCUGCCUCACAGUCCGGCAACCCGACAUAUACGAGGGAGACCAACAACAGUGCCGCCACCGGAGCGCAGGGUCCCGGCACGUCGGACGGCAGCGCCAUCGCCACUGCGUGGGUGCACACACCACUGCUGCUGCUUCUGACCGCCCUUGCAUCUGCUGCUGGGCAGCGGUGCGGAGCAGCCACACACGAAUGA